CAAAGGUUACUGUUGGCGAUGACAGGAACACGUCCAUCACCCUGUCUCUCUCUUGCCCGACCUGCCCACUUUUUUGUUUCAAACUGCCCGUAGUUGGAACUCUUUCCCUCUAUCUCAACUCUCAAGCACCCUUCUCUUUGACAUGUCCUCUCUCUCUCUCUCUCUCUCUCUCUCAGAGGCCAUUGCGACCAAAUUUUACAACUGGGUCAGUGUAAGUUUUUCAGUUAUUCGGCCUGAUCUUUUCAUAUUGUUUUGCGGGUCAUUGGUUUAUGUUGCAUUUGAUGGAUUUCUAUGAUUUGAAGUGAGGUACUUCGAAAUGGGUUCUGCAUGUGGUAUGUGAAGAUCUUCUGGAUUUUCGGGGUAUGAGGAUUUGAUUAUAAGAGUGCGUGGAAGAUGGCUUUGGAGGCUGGUGCAAUUAAGAAGGAGGUGAUUUUGGAUGUGGGCAAGUCAAAAGGAAGGAAUAAAAGAGAUGGGGGAGAGACAGAGACUGGGUGUUGGGUGAGAACGGGCAGGUUUUUUGGGAGUUUCAUAUUUUCAAGAACAAAAGUUGAUAGCUCUACCAGUGGCCCUGCUGCCCCUUUUGAGAGUAAUUCUACGAACGAGAAAACCAGAGACGAACCAGUUGCUUCAUUAGGGUCUUCUAAGAUCACUAGUAAUACGGGAAGUACUUCAUCCACGUCAAAAAUGAGUUCUACAUCAACGUCAAAAUUGAGUAUUUCUUCCACAUUAAAAUUCAGCGAGGAGCUGAAUGUUGCUUCUAAACUUCGGAAGUUCACAUUCAAUGAGCUGAAGUUGGCAACGAGGAACUUUAGACCUGAUAGUAUUCUUGGUGAAGGUGGUUUUGGUUUUGUCUUUAAAGGUUGGGUUGAAGAGAAUGGCACUGCUCCUGUGAAGCCUGGUACUGGACUUACAGUUGCUGUCAAAACCCUCAACCAAGGUGGACAUCAGGGUCAUAAAGAGUGGCUUGCUGAAAUUGAUUUGCUUGGUCACCUAAGCCAUCCUAAUUUGGUUAGAUUGAUAGGAUUCUGCAUUGAAGAUGAUCAACGGUUGUUAGUUUACGAGUUUAUGCCUCGUGGAAGUUUGGAGAACCACCUUUUCAGAAGGUCCCUGCCUCUUCCUUGGUCUAUCCGAAUAAAAAUUGCAUUUGGCGCCGCAAAGGGCCUUGCCUUUCUUCAUGAAGAUGCGCAACGGCCUAUCAUUUACCGCGAUUUCAAAACAUCUAAUAUUUUACUAGAUACGGAAUACAAUGCCAAGCUCUCGGAUUUUGGACUUGCCAAAGAUGGUCCUGAGGGUGACAGAACUCAUGUAUCAACACGAGUUAUGGGAACUUAUGGCUAUGGCCCAGAGUAUGUCUUGACCGGACAUCUGUCAUCAAAGAGUGACGUCUACAGCUUUGGAGUUGUCCUACUUGAACUGAUGACUGGCAGGAGAUCCAUCGACAAAAGAAGACCAAAUGGAGAGCAAAGCCUUGUCGGAUGGGCACAACCACUUCUUGGAGACAAGAAGAAGUUGUACCGGCUAAUAGAUCCUCGCCUUGAAGGUCACUUCUCGGUCAAAGGAGCUGAGAAAGCUGCCCACCUAGCCGUCCGCUGCCUUGGCCGAGACCCAAAAGCCAGACCUAUGAUGAGUGAGGUUGUUGAGGCCCUAAAGCUUCUGCCGAACCUCAAGGACAUGGCCAGCUCUUCCGCUUUCUUCAAGACCAUGCAAGUUGAUAGUGCAAGGUCCAACCCAAAUGCUUCAAAUGAAAUUGGAAUGCAGGCAGCAUCCAAACCGAGAAAUGGACAUCCAACUUCUCCAUACCCUCAUCCUCUCCAAUCACCAAAACCAAAUGUUAAGGAAUCAUAGAAUCUGCUUUUUUCUCUUGGUAAUGAUAUACGUCUUGAAUUUGUAUAUUCGAUGAACCUCCCUAGGGCAUCUUUGAUUCUAUGAUAUGUAGGGUCUGUCUGUGAUGCCUCUUGAACCAUAGAAAUGAUUGGCAUUGGCUGUAUCAAUACAAGUAAUAGGUCACAUUAAAUCAA